ACCGUUAAAACUGCUGGUGACCAUGGUAACAACAAUUUUCUCCACGAACAGUAGUCCGUUAGAAAUGAACCUCACUUGAAACUAACUUAAAAAGAGACUUUGAGGACACAACCAAACCACAUCUUCUUUCUUGCACAUUCACCUCGAUACUAUUGGUCUGCGGUGUGGAGCCACUCCCCUCAAGAACCUCCCUCUGUGCUGAACUGAUGCAGCAGUCAGCGGUCGGUGGGUGAAGGAGGGCUGCUUGGCCGGGAUCCUCGUGAGUUAGCAGAGGCGUCUCUGAGGAGGACGACUGUGAAAGAGAACGGUUCUCAGUUCAGGCGGGACAUAAAUCGCCUGGCUCGGGAUUUCACGGUGUAGAUGAGGACCGGUGGGUACACGUGUGACUCAACAUGCACCGAAUAACGGGGAAAGCGGGAGGGGACAGUCUGAUUGAGAUGAGCCCCACAGAGUCUUUCAACGAUGAUAUAAAUGGCUACCAUCAACACGCCUCAUCCAGCACAGGAUCUCUCCAGCAGGGACAAUCAGCGUCUCCUUUAACGCCUGAUGUGUGUGUAGAGACCUGUGAGUCUCUCAACACCAGCCUAGCUUCCCUGGCCCCCUCCGACCACAGCGACAGUCCAGAGUUUGAGACUCAGACCUUAGAGCGAAUCAAUGCUUUGACUGGGCUCUCGAGAAAGCGGGCUCUAUUCCUGAAGUUUCGUGCCAGGAUUGACAAACAACAGCACAGUAAAGAUUCAGUGUUCUUCCGGGAUGGAGUGCGCAGGAUUGAUUUUGUCCUGUCCUAUGUUGAUGAUAAAGAUAGUGAGAGAAAACAGGAGAGGAGGAAGGUGUAUGAAGCCAAUUUGGAGAAAGUUGGCCUGGAGCUGGAGACGGAGGAUAAAUCGGAGUCAGAAGAUGGGAAGACUUAUUUUGUGAAGAUCCAUGCUCCGUGGGAAGUGUUGGCCACCUAUGCAGACGUACUGAAAAUCAAAGUUCCAUUCAAGGCCAAUGACAUCCCAGAAAACAACGACAUACCCAUGAACUGGCUGUCCACCCCCUUUCGUCUGCCAGAGCACGUCAUGCACCCUGAGCCAGACUAUUUCACAGCUCCUUUCAACAAGAGCAAGUCUGACUUCUUCCUUAUCGAUGACAAAGACACAUUCUUCCCCCCAUCCACUCGCAACAGGAUAGUCUAUUAUAUCCUGUCCCGCUGUUCGUACUUCAAGGAUGAAUGUGGUGAUAAGAAGGGAAUCAAGAGAUUACUCAACAAUGGCACCUACACUGCUGCCUUCCCCCUGCAUGAUUCUAGAUACUGGAAAAGAUCAAGGGAUGCUAACUGCGAAAGCGAGAGAUACAGCCUCUACAAAUACUGGGCCAGAUUCCUCUGUUUCUUCAAGGAGCAGCCCCUCAACCUUAUAAGGAAGUAUUAUGGGGAGAAGAUAGGUAUUUAUUUUGCAUGGCUGGGUUUCUACACUGAGAUGUUGCUGUUUGCUGCGGUAGUAGGGACAAUUUGUUUCAUCUACGGAUUCCUCACUUACGACGACAACCAGUGGAGCAAAGAAAUAUGCAGUGAAGAAGUCGGAGGCAGCAUUGUCAUGUGUCCGCUGUGUGACUUGAAAUGUGGCUACUGGAAACUCAACACAACAUGCAACUCCUCAUGGCAAUCACACUUAUUUGACAAUGUGGCAACAGUGUUUUUUGCCAUAUUCAUGGGAAUUUGGGUGACGCUGUUCCUGGAGUUCUGGAAGAGGCGGCAGGCCCGUCUUGAGUAUGAGUGGGAUCUGGUCGACUUUGAGGAGGAGCAGCAGCAGCUGCAGCUUCGGCCAGAGUAUGAGACCAAGUGCACCAACCGCAAGCUGAACCGCAUCACUCAGGAACCGGAGUGGGUUCUUGAAAGGACUGCUACAGAUCUAAUGGGGAAAUUGUUUCUGUGCUGGGCCACCGUGAUCCUCUGGAUCUCAUUGAUUAUUGCCUGCAUCAUUGGGGUAAUAGCAUACCGCCUGGCAGUAUACGCAGCCUUCGCCAGCAUCAUGAAGGACAGUCCCACCAACAAACUGCAGGUGGUUGGCCCCUACAUCACCCCUCAGCUGGCCACCUCUGUCACUGCCUCCUGUAUCAACUUUGUCAUCAUCAUGAUCCUCAACCUUAUGUAUGAGAGAGUGGCUGUUUGGAUCACUGAUAUGGAAAUUCCAAAGACCCACCUGGAGUAUGAGAACAAACUGACAGUGAAGAUGUUCCUCUUCCAGUUUGUCAACUACUACUCCUCCUGCUUCUACGUGGCUUUCUUUAAGGGCAAAUUUGUCGGCUAUCCAGGAAAAUAUGCUUAUAUGUUUGGCGAGUGGAGCAAACUGAGGAAUGAAGAGUGUGAUCCUGGUGGCUGUCUGAUUGAGCUGACCACCCAGCUGGUGAUAGUGAUGACUGGUAAACAGGUGUGGGGCAACAUCCAAGAGGCUCUGGUCCCCUGGAUGAUGAACUGGUGGGGCAGCAGAAAGGCACGGAACCACCCAGAGAGUCUGUACAGCCGCUGGGAGCAGGACCACGACCUGCAGGGCUUUGGACAACUGGGUCUUUUCUAUGAGUACCUGGAAAUGGUGAUCCAGUUUGGUUUCAUCACACUUUUUGUGGCCUCUUUCCCCCUGGCACCCCUGCUGGCACUUAUCAACAAUGUCAUUGAGGUUAGAGUGGAUGCCUGGAAGCUCACCACUCAGUUCAGACGUCCAGUGGCAGCCAAGGCCCACAGCAUCGGAGCCUGGGAAGAAAUCCUCAGUGGGAUUGCCAUCCUCUCCGUUGUCACAAAUGCAUUCAUUGUGGCCUUCACCUCUGAUAUGAUCCCUCGACUGGUGUAUAUGUAUGCCUACCACUCAGAGGGUGAGAUGAGUAUGAAAGGGUACAUAAACAACAGCCUGUCUGUGUUUAAUAUAUCUGAGAUCCCACAGACCAGCAGGCCUGAGGAAGGAGAGAAUCCUGCUUGGUUCAAUGCCUCCAUCACUACCUGCAGGUAUCGUGAUUACCGCUACCCUCCUGGACACGAGAAGCAGUACGCCCACACCAUGCAGUUCUGGCAUAUUUUGGCUGCCAAGAUGGCUUUCAUUAUUAUCAUGGAGCACGUCGUGUUCGUGGUCAAGUUCUUUGUCGCCUGGAUGAUCCCAGAUGUUCCCUCUGACGUGAGGGCUCGAGUGAAGAGAGAGCGCUACCUGGUCCAGGAGUAUCUCCACAACUACGAAGUGGAGAAGCUGAAGAUCCAACUCAGCCAGAACGGCAACAAUGAGUGCACCUGUACACCCAUGAUCUAUCCAUCUUUACCCAAACAUGAGGUGCUGUCAGAGUGUCUCUAGCCCAGCGAGCUGCUGGUCAAUCAGCUGGACACGAUGGGAUGACACGGUGAUGUAGAUUGCCCUGCUUGUGUAUCAUGAUACUGACCAUCACUUUGCUGUAGUGCCUGUGUUGUCUGUGCAGUACACACACAGACAACUUUUAUUCAAGAGUUAGAGCUUUCCUUAACUCACAGCCAUCCUUCUACUAAUCUGCUGAUAGUGGAAGUGCACACAGGUGAAAGACCAAGUCUCCAUGCAUGCUGAAUGUUGAGGCAUUUGAAUUUAAAUGUCAUAUUUAUGGCUUUUCACUCUCUAUGUUGUUAUAGUGCUGAGGAUAAUCAACAUUUGCUGUAAGAAAAGAAGGAGAAAAUCUUAUACACUGUGUCUAAUCCAGACAACUUAGUCUGGUUUUAAUACAAGACUAUUUAUUUAAGUGCCACUAUAAGUAACCAAAGACUAGAUGCCUUAAUAUAUCACACAUACCACUGAUAUUAUCUAUCUGCUAGUAGAAUAACAAUAUGAUUUGGAAACUGAAAUCUUGUUUACUUUCGGGUUUGAUUAUGUUUUUGUUUGUAUGUACGGUGAUUUGAAGGGUUCCAAUGUCAUUUACUGUAAGUUUACAUUCAACACUAUUUUUUUUUGUUUUUAUUUGUUUUGUUUUUACUGCAGCAAAUGUGAGCAUUUUUUAUUUGACAGCAUUGAGAUCAUGGCACAGAUGUAACACACUUUUACCAAAUUAUUUUCCUCACUCCUCUGGCUGUUAGGAGGCCUGUUGACAUUUUGCUAUGAUCUCAUAACAGCCCAACAGUUGCUCCAAGACAAAACCUGGCACUUGAAGUAGGUUUUUAUGAAGAGAAGCCUGUGCUGCUGUUACUACUGUGAGUAAAGGGCAGGUUUUUGUCCCGCAAUGGCCAGUUGUUGAGCAGCAGCCGCAGCAGCAGCACCAGCUGGUGCAUGUUGACUGUUGACAGUGAGGCCUGUUCCUGGAGAUGGGAAGCGAAAAGCCGAGAGAGUGAAGAGAUCCCUUUUUAAUGUGCCUCUGUUUACCAACACAUUGGAGCUAAUGAAAGCCUGCCCCCACCUACUCAACUAUGUUUGCUCCAUUACACAAAGCACAUCAGCCAUCGCCUAGUUGUGGUGCUUCUGGUUUCCUCAGCUGUGUCUGUGUAGAGAAGGAAAGAUACACACUCUUCUCUCAUUCUUUCUUUCUUUUUUUUUUUUUUAAUUUUGCACAAAGCACUUAAUGAAACCUGACCACCAAGACAUAAACAUGUUGAUCCAUUUGUUCUGAAACUAUGUAUUCAUUAUGAGUGUUUUGACGCAGCAGUGUGUGAUAAUCUUUGCUCAUUUAAAAGGAGCAAGAGCUGUGCUGUAGUAAUGGAGUUCCCUGUUCUGAUGUUGAUGUUUAUAUUAAGCUUAAAUGCCAAGAAAGAGAAAGAUGUAGCUUUUUGUUUUGAAAUUAUAUGAAGGACGUUUCACAUUUAUUAGGCUGCAUACAUACAAAUAUGUGAAAAGUAUUAAAGUAUUUGAAUUUCAUCUUUUAAAAAACUGACUGGCUGCGCUUCAAACUGAGGCAACUACAUUAUAUGUUUGUUUGAGUUGCAUGUAGAUGUGAUCACUUUAGCUGAGAGCAAUGUUGGACUGUUCUACUUUUCAUGCCCCUGCGCUUAGCUAAACUAAUGCCUGUUAAUGCCUUAAUACAUUUGAUAACUUUUUUUAUUUUCUAUUUUAUUUCUCCGUACAUCCCCUUCAAAUUAACGUUUAUCUUACAUUUGUCUUCUUUUGUCGUGCUUUAGUAAUAUUUUAUUUUAUACUGUUAAAUACAUGAAAAAAGGUGAACCUGUUUACUGUAUGCUUAAAGUUACAAUGUCAUGUUUUCAUUCAUUUAUGCCAUGUAAUUUUUCUAAUUGUCCUAUAUCCAAAAUAUGUAGUUCUCCAAAAUAAAGAACCAGUUCAACUUGAGAA